UUAAAUGUUGGGAAAUAAAAUUUGAAAUUUUUAAAAUGCAGUUUGGUAAUUUUUAUCUCAUAACCAUGACUCGUGGGUUAUUUGUUUUCUCUUUUUUAAUUUCCAUUUGUUCUAAAUUAAAUUAUUUUGGACUGUUGUUGCGUUCCAAUAUUCUACAAGGGGGAACGUUCCCCAAUUUCAGGAGGAGACCCCUCCCCCUACUGGUUACAGCCUUAGGGGUUAGAAGUAUUGAGGCUAAAUCAAAAAAGCUAAAAGUUAGGAAUAAGGAAUGAAUAGAUAUCUCUGUAACAUAUAUGACGAUUGAUAAAAGAUCUGAACAAAAUUUAAAGAUACUCAGGCAUUUAGGAAAUUUCUCAGAUACCCAGGUAUUUGGGAAAUUUACAAAAUACUUCAAAUACCAUUCGAUGCUUUAACCUCAACAACCCCUUCUUGGCGUUUACUUCUUUUCAAUCAUUGUAAAUAUUUGCUUGCAGUUCUAAUUUUUUAUUCAUUUUAUUUUACAAGACUAUUUACCCUUAAAAUCAUAACAUGUUUUGUACAUAUUUCAGAAAGAAUGGCAGAAAUUAUGGAAGAAGAUAAAGUUACCAUUAAAGAAGAAAUCUCUACUGUAGAAGAUACGUGCACUGUAUUUGUAGCGGAAGAAGAUGUAAAAGAGGAAAUUACAGAAAAGACAGAAAAUCAAGUCGGAAAUAUCAAGAUUGAAGUAGAUCCCCUGUUCUCUGAACAAAAGAGACUUAAAAAUAGGAAGAUGAGAGAAAAAAGAGAUAAAAGUUAUUCCUGUGAAAAAUGUAAUUAUGUUGCAACUAAAUCCAAUCAUUUGAAGACACAUGUUCAAAGUCAACAUGAAGGAGUGAGAUAUCCUUGUUCUCACUGUGAAUACGCUGCCACUGAAGCAAGUGGUCUGAAGAAACAUAUUGAAAAUAAGCAUGAAGGAGUGAGAUAUACCUGUGAUCAGUGUGAAUACGUUGCUAAUUACCCAAGAAGUCUGAAGAGACAUAUUAAAACUAAACAUAGUGAAGAGAGGUACCAUUGUGAUCAGUGUGUAUAUGUUGCAACUGACCCAAGUAAUCUGAAUAGACAUAUUAAAAAUAAACAUUAAGUAUUAAGAUAUCCAGGUUAUCAGUGUAAUUACGUUGCUACUCUAUGCUGUCAUUUUAAAAAAAAAAACAUCAAAAAAGGAGAUAUAUCAAUAACUUUGCACUGCAAACUUGAAAUUUU